UCAACAAGCAAGUCCAGAAUUUGUCGUCCGCAUGUACAGACGGUGAAUAAAAAUCGUUCUGCACUGUUUAGUGGCAUCGCUUUGAUGUUUUCCAGCCCCCCACGCUCGCUCCCAUCGUACUCGUUGAACCUGGCCGGUAGCGAGGCGGGCGUAGCGCGCACCUUGUGGCAUAUUCUCAAUUAUUUCGGCUGGUCGCAUGUGUCCUUCAUCCUGGACACGCGUCCCAACACCAUCUUCUACUCCAGCAUCCUCAACGCCGCUAAGGCGCUGACUUUUCAAGAUGGCCGCGCCAACAGCAACGCCACCAUCGCCACCUAUCCCGUCCAGAAUAACGACAACGCCUCCAUUGUAAAUGCGUUGUUGCUUGCCCAGCAGAACAGUCGCAUCUUCGUCCUGUAUUCCUCUGCUUCUGUGGCCUACCUGAUUAUGGAUUUGGCCAGCCAACUCGGGAUGACAAACGGAGAAUAUGUAUUCUGUAAUAUUCAACCUGUGCAGAACAACUACUAUGGAAAAGCCUCCUUUUUCAACAAUCCCACACUGUUGAUGAUGAACUUGACGUGGAACCUGAUCUUCAUCACCUUUCACGAAUCCGACGACACUGAUUACGAGCGACGUCUGAACGGUGAAUUGCGGCAGUUGGCCUUUGACCUGUAUAACGUCACAUAUGAGCCAGGAUUUCAGCCACUAAGCAAUUAUCCGACGCGUAUGGCCUACCGAUCCAUUGAACUGAUCAGCAAAGUACUGGCCGACAAUAUGAGCAAAUACCGGCAAAUGUCUGUUGCGCAGCGCGCAUCCUUCUGCGCCGGAGACCACCUGGCUUCGCUCUUCUUUAACAACACCUUCAAGCUACCUCAUGCCGAGGUCAAAAUUGACGCCACCGGGUUGUCCAGCAUGGACGUCGACAUCUGGAUGUUUGAUUCGCAGUCAAGGAAUAUGAGCGUAAUUGCCGUCUUGGAGCGUUUUUCUUGUUUUGCGGUGUAUCGCUCUGUCAGCGGCAUCUUCGAGUUGAAAAAGAACACGUCGACGCUGGACUGGCCAACCGGCAGUCCACCGCUAGAUAUUCCCUUGUGCGGCUUCUCCGGAAUGGAAGGGCCCUGUCGCAACAGCACGCUAACCGGAUCCGUUUUGAAUGUCGCUCUGCCGGUGGCCAUCGGCGUCGCCCUGGUGAUCUUGGGUGCCACCUGUGUGGGACUAUUUGGUGCCCGAAAGAGAGCCCGGGCCAACACUCGAUCGCGAUACUGGUGGCUGAUCAGCGAGAACGAGUUGGAUGCAAGUCUGGUUAUGGGCAUGACCGAGAUGACCAAUCCGGUUUCAUGGAGGAGGAGGACAGUCUGGUUAACGGCGUUCGAUGUCCAAGGUCGGCCCAAUCUGCCGCUUCUCACACAGCUUAUUCCUGAUACGACGCAUCCCAACGUCAAUGCACUCCUGGGCGUGGUUAUUCUGCCGCAACGAGCCUUCAUUCUUGCGGAUUACUGUAAACGCGGCUCCCUUCUAGCACUAUUAGAAGCAAUGAAACUGGAUCAAGACUUUCAAUUUGCCAUGGCUCGUGACCUCGCCAAAGGUCUUAACUACUUGCACAGUACCAUCGGCCAACCGCACGGCUGUCUGUGCUCCGGUUGCUGCCUCAUUGACGAUCGAUUCACGCUGCGCAUCGGGCAGUUUGGCUUUCCGGCCAUUAGCCACGCCCUCUCCAACGGCUCUGACACCCACGCUCCCACGAAAGAACUGUCUAUUCCAGCGGACAUUUACGCAAUGGGACAGAUCAUUCUUUUGAUCGUACACCAGUCGGUCACAAAAAUACCUUCACAGCUGCCGCUUAAGGCGGCCGCGUCGGAGAUAGACGAUCAGAGCGAAGCAGGGGAUUACGAUGUCCAGCGGCAUCUUACACUGUUGGCCUUCCGCUGUCUCCAUACAAAUACUACACUGCGCCCAACCGCCAAACAGCUGCUGUCCGCCAUCGGGCGGCUGCGUGUUCCUGGUCAGCGUUCGGCGGGCAACAUUGUCGACAGCAUUAUUCGCCGCUUUGAGGCGUACACACUGACGCUGGACGAAGCGGUGCGGGUCAAAAGCGAGGAGCUGCAGAAUGAGCGGAAGAAGUGCGACGAUCUGCUGAGCGAAAUGCUUCCCAGAUGCGUCGUGGAUCAACUGCGCAAUCGGCAGACGAUGGUGGCGGAGUAUUAUUCCAGCGUUAGCGUCUUCUUCUCCGACCUCGACGGGUUCCUCGCGUGGGUCAGCCGCGUCCCGCCGGAAGAGGUCAUCGGCGCGGUGACCUCAAUGUUCAGCGCAUUUGACGGGGCGAUUCAGCAUAUGGACGUUUAUAAAGUGGAAACUGUUCGAGACAGCUACAUGACUGUCAGCGGAAUUCCGGAUCGUGGCGAUAAGCAGCACGUAGCGGAGAUCUGCCGAAUGGCUGUAAAAUUAAUGAAAAUCUUUGAUGAAAACGGGCGUACGACCCACAGCGCCAUGAUGUCCGUGCCGGGACACGUGGUAACGGGCAUUAUGCAUCCACAGUCCGAGCCGGUUGCAUUAAGGCUGCGGUGUGGCAUCCAUUCAGGUCCAUGUGCCGCCGGAGUAAUCGGAAUGCGUGUCCCUCGAUACUGCCUGUUCGGCGACACAGUGAACGUAGCAGCCCGAAUGAACAGCCACGGCCAGGGCGGUCGCAUCCAUCUCAGCCAGGCCAGCCGCGAUCUCCUGGUCGCCGGCGACCUUGACCGCCUCCGCUUUCGCCUGCAAGAGCGAGGAUUGCUCUCCGUUAAGGGCAAAGGAGACAUGCAUACUUUCUGGCUUAUGUACUGAACCGUGCCAUCAUUACUGCCAGGAGUUGGAGGAUGGCCAAGAGCUAGUGCAGGAUAAUUUGCACCGAGUACGAAGCGCCAGCUGCUGAAACCGAACACCUUCAUCAAAAGCACGUUGUAUUUUCUGAUUGUAAUGGGAUGAAACGCGUUUUGUGGGAACGGCAUUUCGGUUUACUUCGGAUAGAUAUUCUAUCAUAUUUCAUAUUGCUGAGCGAUAAUAGCAUACUGUUUCCCCCAACUAAAUUCGGUUUUACCUAGCUGUGUAAAGUUAGCCUUUCCAGUUUGCACGUUUUAGUUUCAACGUUUUAAAUUAAUUUUAAAACUGCAGUUAACGAAGAAGGCUAUGUGGCUUUUUGUUUUACCAAUCGUUGCCACUCGUGGUACUGGGCGACGCUACGUUUUCUGCCUCGCCAGUCUUUCUCGUUCUCGUGCGAUUUA